GGCGGGGGGGCCGUGUGCCCCGGACAUGAUGAUGAGGAGGAGGAGGAGGAUGAAGGUGAUUACUGGCUGUUUAAGAGGCGCGCGCGGUUUACAGAGAGAGGGGAGGCAGAGAAGCAGAAGAAGAGUUAGUUUCUCCUUAGAGAAGAAGAAGAAGGAGCCUCCCGCUGCAGGCCGGAUCUGUGGUGGACUAAAAGAAGAAGAAAACCCGCAGAAGAAGAAGUUGGAGGAACUCCUCUUGAAACUUUUCUCUCUGUGCGCGCUCCCGCCGCCUGCGGCUGGCCCGAGGCUGUACUGCGCAUGCCCACUUCCUGUGUAUAAUACACCGAUUGUGUCACGGGGUCCGGCGGUGACGUCAUCGGAGAGCGAGCGAGACAGAGGCGCGCGGCCGCUGAUCCGGAGCAGCACCGGGAGCGCGCUUCAGCUGAGUGAACGUGAGUCUUUGUUUACGAUGACGUCAGAGGGAUUGUUGUUUACUACCCGUUUCACAGUAUUUGUACUUUAAACAACUGGUGUGAGUUUUAUAAAGUACAGAUAAUAUUUCAGAGUAUAGAUACUAUACAGCUGGCACCAGAGCAGUUUUCCAGUCCGGCGUUCAGAGUAUUUAUACUUUAUACAACUAGUCCGGCGUUCAGAGUAUUUGUACUUUAUACAACUAGUUCGGCGUUCAGAGUAUUUGUACUUUAUACAACUGGCACCAGAGCAGUUUUCCAGUCCGGCGUUCAGAGUAUUUGUACUUUAUACAACUAGUUCGGCGUUCAGAGUAUUUGUACUUUGUAAAGUACAGCUGAGAGUUUUUCAGCUUCACUAACCCUAAACCCAGGACCGAGGACAGAACCCUCACUGACAGCUGUUUAAAUAACACUGCAUCAUAACACUCAUCAUUAAUCUGUUCAGUGGGUCCCAACCUGUGGCUCAGGACCCUUCGAGGGUCACUAAGAAUGUGAAAUGAACUUUUAGUCUCUUACUGGAUGUUGUAGCAGGUUUAAAGUUUUAACUUGUUGUUUUAGUCUGUUUAAAGUCUACUGUUAGUCAGAACUCACAGGAGCAGUACUCACUGAAGUACUAAUGAUCAGAGUUUCAACCAAGCGUCAGAGACAGCUGUGCAGUUUCCUGAACUUUAUCUAAUGGUUCCACCUCCGUCUCAUUUCCUCUGGUGGAGAUACAGAGUAAUCUGAAGAUAAACCAACCAGCCAAUCAGUGAGUGAAGUUACUGCAGCCGGCAGACCGAUGUAUGAAGGAAGACCCCACAUGUACACACUGAGAGUACAAGUAGGAACUGCUACUACAUGUACAGACAGAGAGUACAAAUACUAUAGAGUAUAGAAUAGAGUACAAGUAGUAGCAGCAGUGCGUGUGCAGACAGAGAGUACAUAUACUCCGAGUACAAGUAGUAGCAGCAGUGCGUGUGCAGACAGAGAGUACAUAUACUCCGAGUACAAGUAGUAGCAGCAGUGCGUGUGCAGACAGAGAGUACAUAUACUCCGAGUACAAGUAGUUGCAGCAGUGCGUGUGCAGACAGAGAGUACAUAUACUCCGAGUACAAGUAGUAGCAGCAGUGCGUGUGCAGACAGAGAGUACAAAUACUAUAGAGUAUAGAAUAGAGUACAAGUAGUAGCAGCAGUGCGUGUGCAGACAGAGAGUACAUAUACUCCGAGUACAAGUAGUAGCAGCAGUGCAUGUGCAGACAGAGUACAUAUACUCUGAGUACAAGUAGUAGCAGCAGUGCGUGUGCAGACAGAGAGUACAUAUACUAUAGAGUAUAGAAUAGAGUACAAGUAGUAGCAGCAGUGCGUGUGCAGACAGAGAGUACAUAUACUAUAGAGUAUAGAAUAGAGUACAAGUAGUAGCAGCAGUGCGUGUGCAGACAGAGAGUACAUAUACUCCGAGUACAAGUAGUUGCAGCAGUGCAUGUGCAGACUGUGUGAAUGUGGUUUUACAGCUCAGAUCCUGCAGAACCUGAACUCAGCACACACUCUGUAAUCCAGAUUGUGCAACAGGCUGCAGCCUGAAGCAACCAGCAACAGAACAGAGUCAGAGGAAACAGGAAGCACAGAAGAAGAAGAGGAGUGCGGGGCGAGAGACACUGACCAUAACAGCAGGAGAGAGAGAGAGAGACAGUGUGGUGCAGUCUCCCUCUCCACGGUGUUUGUUGUUAGUCUUUCUGUGGACAUAAAGCUGACUCCACAGAACCUGUGAGGACUCGUCUCCAGUCUGGGAACAGCAGCAGCAGGUAAACCUUAACGUGUCGGGGUUUAGACCUGGUGUCAGGUUGAGGUCAGGGGGUUAGUGGUUACAGCACAGAGACUCCAUUAUCAGUCAGACUUUACUGUUUGGAAAGUUGUAACUCAGCUCAGCUGCACACGUGCACUUGUUUUCAUCACAUCACCAUCAAACACUAGCAAAUCUGCUAACAGCUAAACACCCAGCACAAGAGACAUAUGACUGGCUGGUCCAACAGAAAGAAGGCCGGCUCGCCGUCUGGCAGCCUGCUGCUUGUUCUUAGCUUCAUCUGACAACAUGUUCUUCUUCUGUCUCUUCAGCCUCUGCCUGAUGUCCAUACUGAGAACACGGAGCUAGCAGAACUCACACUGUACAGUAUAUACGUGCUGCUUCUUCUUAUAGUUCCUCGCUGAAGAGUCGUGUUGGUGUCGUACUGCCUGUUACAAUGAGUCUGCGGUGGGUUUGUGAGGAUGAGCGGUGGUAAAAAGAGGAGUGGCUUCCAGAUCACCAGCGUGACCUCAGAUUUCAACCAAACUCCAGCUGGCCAAUCAGCUCCCAGCGUGGUCCUGACUGCCCUCCAAUCAGCAGCCUCCUCCUUCUCCUGCAGCCCUCUGGGAAGCUCCUCCCAGCCGAACACGCCCUCUCUGAAGAGGAAGUACAUGUCCCAUGAUGCCCCGGGGCAGGGUGCAGGGUCUUCCUCCAGAUUCAGGGUGGUGAGGCUGACGGUGGGCGGUUCCGGCAGCGGCGGGCGGGGCGAGCCCUAUCGCCGUGGACGAUGGACAUGCACGGACUUUGAGGAGCGACUGGAAGGGGCGGGGUUCAGGCGGGUGAUGGACACCAUGAGACACGCCCACUCGCUGGAGUCCCUUGAGAUGAUUGGCCGGGACAUAGACGGAGGUGCCCAUCUGCUGGCUCAGCCAAUCAGAGGCCGCGAGGGGGUGGGGCUAGCAAUGCGCAGCGGGCCAUCCUCCCCAACGCACGAAGAGCCUUUCAACUUCCGGCUCCUGGGCAGCAAAGAGCCAAUGAGAAUACAAGGUUUAAACUCCACCCCUCCACCUCCUUCGCCCCGGCCACGGAACAUCCCUCCUCCUCUACGAUUGGACGUCGAUGCUGCGGGACGGUCUGUCCUCAGGCUUUCCCACUCCCAGCCCAGCUCCCCCCCUGCUGGACCGUACCAUCCCACUCUGACCCCCAUUCAGACUCCAGCUGCCUUCAGUCUGGACCAAACCAUCUUCAACCUGCCAGGGGACGCCAGUAGUUCCAGUAACAGUCUGAUCGCCAUCGACAACAAAAUCGAGCAGGCCAUGGACCUGGUGAAGAGUCACCUGAUGCUGGCGGUCAGAGAGGAGGUGGAGCUUCUGAGGGAACAAAUCAGAGAGCUGCAGGACAAGAACCAACAGCUGGAGAGAGAGAACCACAUCCUGAGAACCCUCACACACACUCUACACAACACAUAACACAAAACACAUAACACACACUCUACACAACACAUAACACAAAACACAUAACACACACUCUACACAA